CAAGAAUAUUUUAUGAUAACCAAUUAAUGCAUUAUCCAACAAGUAUCCGAUAUCCGAUAAAAUAAUAUUUGUAUCCGUCACUUAUCCGCCCGGAUAAAUAUCCGGUCCCUGUAUCCGUAUCCGUCCCGUUUCUAACUAUCCGUAUCCGAUCCCGAAUCCGUUUUAAAUACAUUAGGGUAGGAUACAGGAUGAGCUACUAUCCGUCCGUAUCCGCCCGUUUUCACCCCUAUGCAGCGCAAUGCAGGCCGAAAGAGACGCCGGGACGGGCCCCAGGCACUGACCAUUGGUCAAUCCACUGCUGCUCUGUAGCUGUAGCUGUGUAACUGUACUGCCCCGGCCUGUGCCCUGCCCCCCACAAUGGCAAUGGCAAUUGCAAUGCAAGCUGGCACCGGCGGGAGCAAUGGCCAUGACCCCUCUCACAAGCCAAACUCUAGAAGUGCAAUUCAGACAGACAGAUAGAGAGAGAGGGACAUUGUUGCAUGGUUGAUUGCGGCAAGCGAGAGAUUCUGAUUACUAUUAUUAUAAUUCUAAUCCUACCGUGUGUGAGUAGAUGAUAAACAAAUGAUAGAGAGACGACGACACGAGAAGAAGAUCAUGAGACGGCGUCCCCAUCCACAUGCCUGCCCUGCUUGUAUGGUCGCCGCCCGUCGGUAUGUAGAGGAGUAUAUAAACUCCCCGAGGGCGAGAGAUUUCCCUCGAAAGGUGGAAGAAGCAAAGCAUCUCAUUCCCCAGGCCACCCCCCCUCUGCCCUCCCUCACCUCCCCCCCUCUACCUUUUGUAGCUUUCCCAUUCCCCCUCUUGCGUGCAAGCAUCUUCUCCGGUUCUCCCCGCUCUCCCAUCUUUAACCGCCCCCCCUCCCUCCCUCUCCGUGGUCUUGGAGGAGCUCGCUGUUCUACGGCUGGCUGCCUGCCGCGGCGAUCCCUGUCUGUUCGUUUCCGUCGCGCGGGAGCCGCGGUUGCUUUUGCUUGCUUGCGUUGCCGCGAGAGAAUCGUGAGCAGAGAGUGUGACCUGGCCUUAUUGGCGUCUUCCGUGGGCGGGGGCGGGGGCCUGGGCCGGGGCCGUUGCUGGCUGUUUGUUCGUUGCCCAUCGAUACACUCCUCCCUUGUCUCCCCCGCAUGCAAUCCGUGUGUGUGUGUGUGUGCGCUCUGCCUCUGCUCGCCGGCGUUGGUUUCGUGUGUCGCCUGCCUGUCGUCCUCACCGCAACGCUACUCGUUACCAGCUAUCAACUAGCAUUGCCUUCUCCUUCCGCUACAAGAAUCUGACGAGCCCCCCUCUCCCUCCCGUCCCGGCGCUGUUCCCAGCUCGCUCCUUUCGAGAGUGUACUGUUUAGUCCGCGCGCAUUGCUCGGACCGAGCCACCGAGUUCUUGCCGCGCGCCGCAGCAGUAGAGCCAUUGCCGCGUUCGCUCGCGCCGCGCGGUUCAUGCGCCAGGAGUCUGAGGCGGCUACCUAGUUAACGGCGGGGGCAUGCGUUUCAUCACAGGCGGCGGCGGCGGCGGAGUAGGAGGAGGAGUAGGAGGAGGCGGAAGCUCGGCGGCGCGGUCGUACGAGCCCAUGGCCACGGCCGACACCACGAGCCUGCACUACUGGCUGCACUGGCGGGUGGGGCUCUGUGGCCUGUGGGUGCUGGCCUGCAUGGCCGUCGCGGGCUACCUAAUCUGGCGUCACGAGGGCCCCAGCGCCGACCGGCGUCCCGGCGGCGCGGGCGCGGGCCUGUCGUCCCCGGGCGCUGCGGCUGACGGCGGCAAGGAGAGGUGUCACGGGGUGCUGUACGACGACGAGGCGUGGCGGCCGUGCCUCCGGGACAUCCACCCGGCGUGGCUGCUCGCCUACAGGCUCAUCUCCUUCUUCGUCCUCCUCAGCCUCCUCGUCGUCAUUGUCAUCUCCGAUGGCGGCAGCAUCUUCUACUACUACACUCAGUGGACCUUCAUUCUGGUGACGAUUUACUUCGGGCUCGGCACGGCCCUGUCCAUCUACGGCUGCAGCAGGUUCGCCGAGGAGAACGUCGCCGCGGCGGCGGCGGCGGCGGCGGCAGACAUGGAGGACGGCGCGGGAUACGUCGUCGCCCGUGGCCUGGGGCCUGCUGCUGCUAAGCCGGCCUUGGAUGAACGAGACGGUGCCGGAGAGGUCGCUGGGUUCUGGGGCUACCUGCUCCAGAUCAUCUACCAGGCAAAUGCAGGCGCGGUGAUGCUCACGGACUGCGUGUUCUGGUUCAUCAUCUUCCCGUUCCUCACCGAGAAGGACUACAGCCUCAACUUCCUGUUGAUCGGGAUGCAUUCGGUGAACGCAGUCUUCCUGCUGGGCGAGGCCGCCCUGAAUAGCUUGAGGUUCCCGUGGUUCCGGGUCGCCUACUUCUUCCUCUGGACCGCGCUCUACGUCGUCUUCCAGUGGAUCGUCCACGCAGCUACGCCGAUGUGGUGGCCUUACCCGUUCCUCGACCUGACAUCGAACCUGGCACCUCUGUGGUACCUCGCGGUGGCGGCGCUGCAGCUGCCGUGCUACGUGGUGUUCUGGCUGCUGAUCAAGGUGAAGCACCACCUGCUGGCCAGGUGCUUCCCGGUCUCGUACGUACGCUAGCUAGGGGCUAGGGCACAAGCAGGCAGGCCCGUCUUCUCCGCCGCCAACGGUGAGAGCAACGCAAGCUAGCUAGAGAAUAAUAUAUGGCGGGUCCGGGCUGUUUAUAAUUUGGUGGUGGUGGUGGUGGACUGGUGAUGGGGAGUGAGGGGACGAGCGUUUCGUGUGCAGGUGCCCUCCCCGAUCAAGCGAAGAACAGAGGGGAGUGGCGCGUGGUGGAAGGGAAGGAGAUGCGUGCAGUUUUUUUACAGGGGGUAUAAAAACUAUAAAAUAGUUUGGUGUACAUUGGAAGGAAGCUAAGCAUGGUGGUAGUCUUUAUUUGAGAAUUUUUUUGUAUUUUUUUUGCCGUGGUGGAGUGGAAGUGAACAGGAGAGAGGUUCAGGGCAGCAGGGAAUGGCUGUGUAUAGCUUUGACUGAUUGGAUGAGAUUGAAAUGAAAUGAAAUGGAGAAGAUACUGUUCCUUGACAUCUUA